ACAAAAUAUAUAUAUGCUUAUUAUUGUGUUGAAAUUUUAAAAACACUCGCCUAUUUGAAAUAUUUUAGAAAAUAUAUGUAUACAAAUGUUUUUGAUUGAUUAAUAUGUAAUUGUAAAAAAAAAUUAUAUCUUAAUUAUUAAAUUUUAUAAUUAAAAAUAUUAUUUUCAGAUAAUAACACAAUAUAUAUAAGAUUUAUCUUUUGAUUUUGACAUUAUUAAUUCAUAAUCUAAUAUAACAUAUAAAUCUAAUAUCAUUAACUAUAAAUUCGUUUUUAAUUAUAUAAUAAAUUAUAUAUAAAAAUUCAUUAAGGAUAUAAACGAUAUUAAUCGCUCUAACUUUUAAUGUGAGAGCUCCGUUGCGAAAACUUACUUCGCAAAUAAUAGUAUAAAUAGAUAUGUACAUAAAGACCAAUUAACCCUAAUAGUUCUUCUUUACUACAAUUUUGCCAUUAUUCAUUUAAUUCCUUAGUAAAUAAAAAAUUAAAAAGGUGAAAAAUAAUUGAAACCCUAGCCGUUGUCGACCGGAAUAAGAAAAACAUUCUGAAAACAAAACCAUUGUUUCUUCGAAGAUGUUAAUUUUUAAAAUUGCCGGCAGUUUAAUCUUCUCCUCCGAGUAGUGUCGACUUCACCAGUGGGAGGGUCUCUUGUUAUCUCUGCUGUCAAACGCUCCGACGACGAGAACCACCAUCUCUUCACCCGUCAAUUACGUAUGUCACUUGGUUUCGAAUUUGUAUUUUGUUUCCUCCGAUUAAUAAAUUUUGAAUUUCUGGAAUAUUGAAAUAUCCAUGGAGUUUGGAUAGCUUUAGAUUUUGUGUUAAGUGUUAUAGAUCAGAAUAUUUGUUACAACGAAUCAUAUGCAGCAUUGCUUAUGUGCUUCCGCUGCUGCAAUUGCGUAAGUUUUGGUUACAGUUUUGUUUACUUAUUUUAUUUUGGUUUAUUUAAUUUAAUUUGUUGUUUAGAAAUAUUUUGGUUUAAUUCAAUUGAAAUAUAUAUGUGCUUUAAGAAAAUCAGAAUUUAAUGGUUAAAUCCGGUUUUCAAUAACCAGUUCGUUAAAUAAAAUUUAAUUAAUUUAUGGCCAAAGAAUUAUUAAAUAUGUCGCCAAAGUAAACAAAAGUCUGUCAAAUUGUAAUUAAAUUGGUCAAAAGAUAAAAUAUUUCAAAUUCAUAUUAAAUUUUUCAAAAUUAAGUAAAUUUGUGGUCAAAGGAUAAAAAAUCAGUUAAAACCCAAAUAAAUCUGUCAAAAAUAGAAAAAAUGGUGGUCAAUGGAAACCAAAUAUAUCAAAACUUAUAUAAAUUUGUCAAACAUAAGUAAAUCUAUGGCUUAAGGAAUUAAAUCUAAUUAAAUAUAUGAAUAUUUAAUAAAUCUGUGACUAAAUAUGAGAGAUAUAUCAAAAUAAAUAUGUAGAAAACUAAAAAUCUAAUUAACUCUAUAGAAGUUAAGAUAAAUCUGUCGUCAAAGAAAAACUCAUAAAAUAAAAUUUAAACUAAUAAUUAAAAUAAAAUUAUGGUCAUUCUAGUAAUAAGCUGAUGAAUUAGAAUUAGGGUCAUUCUAGUAAUAAAAAAUUGAUUUAAAAGGGUUUUAGAGGGGUUUUUAACGUAGCCACCAAAUCGAUUUCAGUAACUAUCUCUGCUGAGGUAACAAUGGUGAUCACGUCAUCAACGGAGAAUGCAACCGAUUCCAAACCUCCGUCAGAGAAUCUCGGAGACUCGUCCCCGGAGCUCGGAGACUCGAACUCUUCGGAGAAGCUCGGAGAUUCCUCAACCGUUUGGAUAGAUCCGGUAGAAUCCGGAUCCACAAAGGGAGAAGAAUCGUAUCAACCAAAGGAAGGAGAGUGCGCGUUCUGCGCGUUCAUGAAAGGAGGCGGUUGCAGAGAACCAUUCACGGCGUGGGAAGUGUGCAUGGAGGAAGCUGAGAAGAACAAGGAAGAUAUCUUCACCAAGUGUGUGGAAGUCAAUAGUAAGUUGUUUAAAUGUAUGGACGCUCACUCCGAUUAUUACAAGCCCAUUUUCGCGAAGCAAGCUGCUGCAGAACAGGUGAAGGAGGAGUUUGAAGCAGAGAAGAACAAGGUCGUCCAAGAAGAGAAGGAGGUCUCUGAAGAGGAAGUGGCUGCGAGGAAGCAAGCUCAGGGAUAAAAAAUUGUAAUGGCCCUUUUGUUAAAGUUUGUUUAAAGUUUAAGACCAUUGAUGGAUGGUGAUACUGAUAAUUUGAUUUUACUUUGUUAAUGCCCAUGAACAUUCAUUCCAGUUGACAACUCUGGUUCUUUUGUGGUUUACUAUCAUUUGAAUGUGAUUUGGUGCCUGAUGAACCAGUCAAGGUCUGAUCUCUUUUUUGUUUAAGCUUACUUGUUUGUUGUUUCACUUUGUCUUCAUCCGUAGCUGUUAUCAGCCUCCAUAGAAUAUGAUUAUUUGGUUACCUUGAUUAGUCAUGUUAACUCAUCUAUUAUUAGUUCAGCUUUGGACAAUGAUGUUUAUGAGUUAGUUGUUAGCCGCCUAGAAUAACUGACUUAUUCUUUUGUUAGCUUUGAUCUGAAGAUUCUUUGAUUUGAAUUAGAGAAUUCAAAGGCCAGCAUUGUCUCUGGUUUACCUUUAUAACUAUUUUUCGUCAAAAAUUAAACUAGGAUCAAAGUCGGUUCAAAUCAGAUUAGAGCAAAAAAGUGAGAAUAAAGAAUCUCAUUCUCAAAAAAAAAUCUAGUUUGAAAACGCAUCUCAUUCUCUAUAUCUUUUCUAUUUUCAUGCAAACAAGUGUCAGAAUUGUUUUCAAAAAUAAGGCGCAAAGGGGAUUUGACCAAAAAAAAUAGGCACAGAGGGGAAUUGACAAAAAAAAAAAAAAAAA